AUGUAUACGAAAGCUUUGUGGAAUAAAUUUUCUCUCAUGAAAUUAGUGACAAAAUUUUCAGAAACUCAACAGGUACGUACGAGACCGUUUCGAAAAGCAAUGGCAAAUACAGUUUGUUGUUCGGGUGGCGAGAAAUGUGGGAUUGCUGAAAUAUCCUCUGAAGAUUGUGCUGCCUUGAACAAAAGAAAAGGGAAAAAACAACAAAGAAAUAAACUCAUAAAUAAACCGAAGUCUACACCCUCGAAACUUAUUAAACUACUCAUGAAAUGA